AUGCCUGAAAGUGAAUCAAUCAUUGCAAUUAGUAAUGAUGAAGAUGAAAUAACAAAUACAAAUGAUAUGGAAUCAAGAUCAAGUACAUCACCAAAUUCAUCGAAAAAUAAACGAACACGGUUAACAUUUCCAUUUGGAGCUUGUCGAGUAUGUUCUGAUUCUGCUACCGGUAUACAUUAUGGUAUUGCUACUUGUGAAGGAUGUAAGGGUUUUUUCAAAAGAAGUAUAUUACGUAAAGAAAAAUAUCGAUGUUAUUUUGAUAAUUCAUGUCUUAUUAAUGUAACAAAUCGUAAUCGAUGUAAAGCUUGUCGUUUUCGACGAUGUAUUGACGAAGGCAUGUCUGUUGAUGGUGUAAAAAUGGGUCGUAUACCAAAAUUAGUUAAAGAAAGAGCUUUAAAAGAAUUGAAAGAACAAAAAAUGAAAGAAGAAGCUGCUUUAGCCGAAGCUAAUGAAGGCCAUGCUAGAGAAUCAUCUUGUUCAUCUAUAUCAGAUCGUAGUAUUGAAAAUUAUGAUCCAAAUGCAAUGGAAAUAGAUUGUCUAGAAUUUCAAAUAUCACCUAUUCAACGACAUAAUGAUAAUUAUGAUAGAAAACUAUCAAAUCAAACAUCUAUUUUAAAUGAUAAUCAACAGUUAAUAACUGAAUCAAAAUGUUUACAACAUAAUGAUAUGAUAAAUAAAACAACGUCAAAUACUUCUGAACAAAAAAAGUCACAAUUUAUUUAUCGAACAAAAUAUCAAAAUUUUCUACCAGAUGAUUUUACAGCUGAUGAAACAGAUGGUUUAAAUUUACAGUCAACAGGUUUAUUAAAACCUGAUCUUUUUCAACAUGUAAAAACAAUAGCUAAUAAAUUAUCUAUGGAUCAACCAAAUUUUUUUGUUGAACUUACAGAAGAUGAAACUAUAUUUAUUCGAUAUCUUCGUUCAGCUGCAUAUAAUGUCUUUUUUCGACAUUCAAAACGAGUAAAACAAUUAAUUUCUCGGAUGCAUCAUAUGGUUGAAAAUAAUAUUCAGGAAUAUCCUGGUGCAACUGCAACAUUAGCAGAAUAUUAUGGUAGUGUUCGACAAAGUUGUCAAGUAUAUACGCGUGCAACAGUAGUUUAUGUACAAGAGUUACCCGGUAUGAAAAAUAUGAGUUUAAAAACUCUAGAAAAAAUGAUUUUUCAUCGAUCAUUCGAAUGGUAUCUUCUUAAAUAUAAUGAAUUAUAUAAUGACAAUGGUGAAUGUUAUAUGAUUGGUCCCGAUGGUUUUCAAUAUUCUCGUUUUUGGAUGGAUAAAUUCAAUGGAACAAAAUUAUCCGAUGAUAUAUUUGAUUUUUGUCAACGUUUUCAUGACUUGAAUUUAAGUGAUACAGAAUUCUCACUUGUUUUACCAUUACAUAUGUGUUAUAAUGAUUCAAAUGUAGACGAUGAAACACGUCAAAUGCUAAGAUCUUGUUAUUUUUAUGCCCUUUAUAUGGAAUUAUGUCAGAAUCGUGGUGAAAUUGAAGGCAAAAGAAUGUGCAGUAAAAUUUUACAAGUACUCGAAUUACUAAUUCCACUUACUGAACUUUAUGGACAAAAAGCAGCUACUUGUGUAUUAGAAGCAUAA